AUGAAUACUAUGGACGUAAUUGAAUUGUCAAGUGAUUCAAACGAUUCCGUGCCGUCUGUUAAUACAAGUUCAAGCAAACCUCCGGCACUUCAUAUAUUAGAUGACGAUUAUAAUUUCCCUGAAGUACCAUUCGCCAGUGAACUUCCAGCAGCGAAAAAAUACACAGAUUCUGAUUCAGGCGCUAUUUUUAAAUCUAACAGCGACAUAGAAACAGAGCUAUUCAAAAAGUAUAUCGGUGAGAAAUCAAGGAGUAAGGAAACCAAAGUGAAGGAAACAGUCAAUGCAUCAAGCAAAAAUGACAAAGAGCUUACCAGGAAUGAAAAAUAUAGGAAAGCAGAAGAAGCUGCGAGAAUUAGGGCCGAAAAAGCAGCAGCAGCUGCACGUUUGAAAAGCAUGCAACCUGGAGAGUGCAUGAAUUACAUGCAAGUUAUAUUAGACUUGGGUUUCAUGAAUUUUAAUUUCUUUGACACCCUGAUCACCGAACUCCAACAAUAUGAGCUCGUUUAUAAGUUGAAAUCACAGAUAAUUUCCAACAGUGUAACAUGGACGAGAAGUGAGGAGAAAAACUCUGAACAUGUUACUGGCGGAAUCAAGUCGGUUGAAGAUAAUCACAUCAUCGUUGUUUGGGAUUACACAGAGACAGUUAAAAAAGUAGCUAGUGAUACGUUUGUGACAUCCAUAGAUAAUAUCCAAACAUCAAUGCCUGGGAAAGUGACAACGCUGAUAGUAUACGGAAUGGAAAACUAUUUCAGGCAUCAUAGGAAUCUUAAAAAAAUGCAAUUUAAAAACCUAUGUCUGGGAAGCUUCAGGGAUGGGAAAAAGCGGAGAGGUAGCAAGGCUUUUGAAGAUUUGCCAGUGAUUUCUAGGAAACAAUUAGAACUGUGCCUGAUUGAGGUUCAACUCACACUAAACUGUAACAGUCAACUAAUCGAAUCACCACAUGGUCUAGGUCAGGUCAUUGGCCAAUAUACAAAAGCUAUUGCUGAAGCACCGUUCAAAAUUCACAAGAAACAAAUGCUACAAUCUCAGCUAGACUUUUACGCCGCUGGGGACAAUAAAGACACCGUUAAAGUCGACAAGGAUGGGAAUGGACUGAAAAGGCUAUGGCAACAACAACUAUGUCAGUUUAAUUUGGCUAGAUUGGAAACAGCAGAGGCCAUCAUUUCAAAAUAUCCAACUCCCUCACAUCUGAUGGAUGCUUAUGCUCAUUGCACACUUUCGGAAGGUAUGAAACUGCUUCAAGAUAUUCCUAUCAGAAGAACUGCAGGGCCUAUUACAAAUGUCCGACGGAUAGGACCUGAAUUGAGCAAGAAAUUGUACCUCAUGUUCACGUCAGAGGAUGGCAAUGUUCUUCUGGGCAAUGACUAAGUAGACCUGCAGCGAUGAACAGUUUUUUUUGUUAGACACUAGUGCCUUGUAAAUAUCGUACCUACUAUUCUGUUUUAAGACAGAGUUUUAUACACAAAGCAUACGUUACCAUAAUGAAAGAAUGUCCUUACUCCUUAAUCUUCAGUUCUGAAAGUACAAGUUGAUAGCGUUAUAUUUUUUCCAGAUCAGAAUAAGCGGCAGAAUUUAAUAUAAGGGAGAGUUUUUGCGGUAGCCAGUAAAGAUUUGAAAUGUACUAAUCAAGUUCAUGUUCUAAUUUACUACUCUGUUUGUAUUAAUUAUAUGGUCAAAGAAAGACGAUCACAUACUCAAGUAACGAGCCAAAAAUUUAUAGUUUGAAUACGUAUAUGCAUUAAGGAGCAAUUUAACUCUUUCACAGUCUUUUUUUGAAUUGUUACAUCAACCUUUAAUAUUAUUAAAGCAAGAUCAUUGAUUAUUAUUAACUAAUAUUAACAAUACGUAGUUUUGGUGUUUAUAUGAGAAUUUUUUCAUUACUCAGAAAGAUCUAUUUGCUACAUUUUUACAAAAGAAUAAAUAGAGUCAGGGCUCGUGUCUAUUAAGGCAUGUAAUAAUCAAUGAAGUCAGUUUUGUCAUUAGUGUUUCUAAUGGCGAGGACAAAAGAUAUUUCAUAAUUAAAUAUGAUAGUCAAUAGCUUUU